CCUGCUUGUCGAGCGUGUGUUUAUACUGUUUAUAUUUUUUCGAAAAUAAAUAUUUCCUUGGUGAAUAAUAAUUUACAUAUCAUUCUAAACAAAUUGACACUGUGUACAUUUGGCUGAAUAAUUGUUAAAGACAUUUUAAUGCUCUUAAUCUUUAUAACCAAUAAAUAGUUGAUUGAAGAUGUCGGGAGAUGCGGCGGCAGGCGCGUCGCAAGUGGUGCUGGUGACGGGCGGCUACGAUCACACCAUCAAGCUAUGGCAGGCUCACAGCGGCGUUUGCUUGCGGACUAUGCAACAUCCGGACUCGCAAAUAAAUGGCCUAGAAAUAAGGCCCGAUGGCCAGAUGGUGGCGGCAUGUGGGUACCAGCACAUACGCAUGUAUGACCUCGCUAGCACCAACCCAGACCCUGUCAUGAACUAUGAGGGUGUAAGCAAAAAUGUUUCCAGAGUUGGAUUCUCAGAUGAUGGCAAAUGGAUGUAUACGGGAGGUGAAGAUUGUACAGCUAAAAUUUGGGACAUAAGGGUGGGCCGACAGUUCCAGUGCCAGCGAAUCUUCCAAGUGCCGGCGCCAGUGAACGCCGUCAUCAUGCACCCCGACCAGACGCAGAUCAUGGUCGGCGACCAGAGCGGGAUCAUCCACGUGUGGGACCUGCGCACCGACCAGAAUGAACAGCUGAUACCGGAAGCGGAAGCAUCGAUCCAGGACAUCGCGAUCGACCCGGAGGGGCGCAUGAUGGCGGCCGUGAACAACAAGGGCAGCUGCUACGUGUGGGCGCUGGGCGGCGCGCCGCCGCGGCCCGUGCCGCGCAAGCACCUCGUCGCGCACAACAAGUACGCGCUGCGCUGCCGGUUCAGCCCCGACUCCACAAUGCUGGUGACGACGAGCGGCGACUGCACGGCGCGCGUGUGGCGCACCAGCGACUGGGGCCUGCAGCGCGAGCUGCGCCACGACUCGCAGCGCUGGGUGUGGGACUGCGCCUUCAGCAACGACGAGCGCUACCUCUUCACCGGUUCAUCGGACAGCUACGCGCGGCUGUGGGACCUCGAGAAGGGCACGCUGGAGCGCGAGUACUGCGGACACCAGAAACCCAUUACCGCGCUCGCCUUCCGCGACCAAGCCGUCUAGAAUCUAAAUAGGUAUAGGUUGUAGCUAUCUAAUAGACCCUGACGGCUAAUCCUUUGUCUAUUGUUAAGUAAAACCGCACGUGCUACUUACCUGCAAAAAAGCUAGUCUAACGUUCAAAAAACCGGUGUAGGUGCGCUCUCCGAUGCGCCUUUGUUACGCAUCUCGAUGACACAUUUUAGACUGGUUCUGUAGCGUUCGACUCGCCGGCACUCAGUAACCGUAGUACUGAGUGCCGGUGAGUUGAACGGACCACACACAUCCUAACAAAAUAUUUAUCCAUUAGUUAAUUUUGAAUCUUAUUGCAAUUUCCAUAGGAGUUGUAACUCAAUUACCUGGGUAAAGUGAACGAACGAUUUUUUAUGCACAAACAAUUUAAUGGACAAAGGAUUAGUCGUAGAGGUCUAUUAGCAAGCUACAAACUAUACCCGAAGCCUACGGAACGCACGCUCGACGCUGGGUUUCACAAAUUUAUGAUAACUUGUGUAACAAAUGGGUGCACAUGAGGGUGGUAUUCCACCUGUCCAAUUUCUUUGUCCAAGUGCAUUGCCUCUCACUCUUUCUUUAAAGCAAAAUGGGAGACGCAAUACACAUUGUACAAAGAAUUUGGACAGGUGGAAUACCAUACUUACAUAAAAAAAUUAUAUGUUCCAUAAGCUCCUAUGUCGGCGAAUUUUACUACUACACUCAUGGACAAAUUUAGAGUAUCGCAAAAAAUAGUUUAAUUACUAAUUUUGAAAUUACUUUAGGUACUGUAAUCCAGUAAUGGGACCUUUUUUUUGCGUUUCUCUAAAUUUGUCCAUGAGUAUAGACAAAAACUCUGAAUAAUAAUAGUCUGAUUUUUUUAAUGGAAUCGAUUAAAUAAGAUGAAUAUGAAACAAUUGGUGUAUUUAAAAGUAUAAUGUAAUAAUUGUUUUUCAGUCGAUUAUCAGAAGUCUUAUAUAUUUUGGGUUAUAAUGAUGUUAUAUUUGUGUUAUUUGAUUUCUCUAUUUAUGAAUAGCAAUGAAAGCUAUCCACUGCCGAUUAUGGAAACAAAUAAUCAUGUUGUACAGUCAAUGUACAUAAUUAUUUAGAUUAUUGUGCCAUGCACUGACAUUGUACAUAUUUACAAUAAGAUUGAAUUGUUAAGUUUUUUGUAAGUUCCUACAUUAAUAAAUGUAAUUAUCCAAUAACACA